UUUUAUUCGAUCAUAGAACACGUGUUAAAAGCCGCUUAAGUCGACUGAAUGAAAAGUUUGUAAUAAUAUCUAAUAUUUACGAAUUUAUUUGCGAGAUCGUUUUUAACUGUGCAAAUAACUGAUUGUUAUUUUGGUCGAUAUAUUUAAGAUACGAAAAGAUGGGAUUAUUGCUUGGUAAAUUAAAACGAACAGUGCAUAGAUUUAACAUAGAUAAUCGUGCAAGCGCUGUUCUUUCAAGAAGUAAACCAAUUCCUGCUCCUAAAACUGCAGCUGCAAUAAAGCAACUGAAACUAGCUCAGGAAAUAAAUCCAGAUUUCUUGAAGAAUCAUUAUGAAAAGAAUUUAAAACUCGAUGAACAUUUAAAAAGUGUUUAUGUAACAUCUACAGAAACAAAGAUGGAUACAUUGAAUCAAUCAAAUCCUGAUAGACCAUUACCUAAAUCGAGAACUUACGAAGACUUUGAAUUUGGAUUUUAUAUGCCAGACUCUGUUCCAGUAGGAAAACUAACUUUGAAAGAGAUAUUCCAAGUUAUUAUCAAGCAUAAGGAAGAUUCUGUUAAAAAUAGUAGUGAUAUUCUAGCUGCAAAGUAUAAAUUAGACAAAGAAACAAUAGAAAAAUUAUUAGAAUAUUACAAGUUGUAUCAAUUGGUAUUACCUAAACGUAAGGUUGAUAAUACAAAUGCAUUUUCUAUGGAAAAUAUAAAAAAAUUAUCAAUAGAAGGAUUUAUAAAAUUGAAACAAUAUCAUGAAAAACAGAACGAUGAAAGAAAGGAAAUAAAGAAAUAAGAAAAUAUAUAAUUAUAUAAUUACUGAAGUCUAUAUUAUUUAAUAAAAUUAAUUAUAUUGAAAUGUACAUUGUAUGCGACCUAUAAAAAUGGUAGCAAACAUUCAAAUUUGAAAAUUCAAGCAUUUUGUAUUCAAAAUGGAGU